AUGACUCGGCGAGAUGAACUUUCCGACCGGCAGGCCUGGAGCAGGGCGUGGGUGACAGUCGGGGUCCUUCCUGGCCCGCGCCCUCAUGGCUUUGCUAUCACUAACCUGCUGGGCUUGGACGCGGAGCUGCCGGCGCCCUCCAGUCCGGGACUGAAAUCUGGUUACAAGGAACCCGCCAACACACUUUUCCCAGGCCUGGGGCUCAGUGGCUCCUGCCUGGUGGGCGGUGCCCUCCUACUGGGGCUGAGCCUCCUCUGCUGCUUUGGCCCGCAGCCGCCCGCGGCCUCUCGGACACCCUGCUUGCUUUUAGCCGACUUGCCGUUCCUGUCGCCGGGAGUCCCAGAGCCCACCACUCGGUCGCACCGUCUUGACGCGCCGCCCCAGCUCCACAGCGAGAAACGCAGCGAGAGCGUCUCGGUAUCCGAUAAGGAUAUCCCGUCUGAAGACAGGAGUGACCUAAAGGCACUCAGCACAUCAGGAAAGACUAAGAAACAGAGGCACAGAAGAGUUUUCACUGCCCACCAGCUGGAAGAGCUGGAGAAGGCAUUCAGCAAGGCCCAUUACCUCAACGUAUACACUCAGGAAACACUGGCAGUGAAAACCAAGCUCCCUGAAGACCAAGUACAGGUUUGGUUUCAAAACCGGAGGGCCAAGUGGAGGAAGCAGAAGAAGUGCUGGGGUGGUAGCAGUGUGAUGGCUGAAUAUGGGCUUUAUGGAGCCAUGGUGCGACAUUCUCUUCCACUUCCUGAGUCCGUCAUCAAUUCAUCCAAGGGCAGCUUGGCUGGAUCCUGCACACCCUGGCUGCUGAAGAUGCAUAAAACAUCCACAGAGAUGAAAAGUAAACCAGGAAGUGAAGAAAAGUGGACAGGACUCUGGGGCUCUCACCCUCCCCAAGGAGAUUCCAGUCCAAGUCAGGAAGGGCAUCAGAGUAGCUCGGGUAAAGCAAUCCCAGAGUACAGCCUGGAGGACAAGGCCAUGGACCUUUCCAGCUCCACCUGGAAGAAGACCAAGAGAGUGCCCCGAGUGGCCAAAGCAGGAGGGAGCUCAGAAUCCACAGGCCUGGUGGUGCUCAGGCCUGCGGAAGCAGGAGUCUUGACCCUCCUGAGCGCUUCCCUCCACCUGAAACCUGCGCUAAUCCACACCGAAGAUGCCUCUAUUGUUCCCAGCUUGGAGCAGCCCUCCCCCUCUCUUCCCUCUAGUAGGAGUUCCGAUAAGAGCGCACAACUGAAACUAAAGCAGCUAGAUGUAAGUGUCAGUCUCGACGCGCAGAUCAGGAGGGCUCUGCGAUCUUGCAGGGCACCGCUCGCGCGCUUCUGCUGUCCCUCUUUAGGCUCUCUCUUCGCGUUCCCCUUCUCUGGAGCGACCUGCCGAAGGCGGCUUCAGAUCUGCGGGGGCCGCGGCGAGUGGGUGGUACUCGAAGGCGGAGACUGGGCGGGCCGGUGGAGAAACUAA